GUGGCCGAACUUCCUUACCUUUUAAUCGAUAACGGUCCAGCUUGACGCGAGCGAGAGAAAGCUACUCGCAAGCAGACACACAAAAGGAGUGGAAGGACCCGCAGCAAUGGGAAUCAAACUGUACUACACUACCGUUACUGCCUCGCGGACGGUGAAGUCUCAGCAGGCAGAAGUGAUACGGAUCCUUGAAAGUAAAAGCAUCCAAUACGAGCUCAUCGACAUCUCUGUGGGCGGGGAACUUCGUGACGAAAUGAGAAGCAAAGCAGGGAACCCCACUGCAGUUCCCCCCCAGCUUUUCAACGAGGACCAAUACUGCGGGGUGAGUAGCACCCCCAUGUGAAAUGUGCAACAUGUU